AUGGGAAUAUAUACUCGUUUACUCCUAGGCCUAUGCACAUUACAUCUGGUCAUCAAUUUUAGCAGAUCUGUGAAUUCUGCCAGGACCCAGUGGACAACAGCUGAUAACAGUGGGGCGGCAGUGAGGAGCACCAGAGCUGUAAACAGACCAGUACCCAUCAGCUGUAGGCUCGGAGGUUGGUCACCUUGGACUUCAUGUAACUCCUGCACAGAUAAAAAGUUUCGUUUCCGACACAUGGAGAAGCCCUCACAGUUUGGUGGCACACAGUGCAUUGAGACACUGUGGGAGAGACUGGCAUGUCCAACAGCAACCACACAGUGUCUGGAGCCAGAUUACUGUGGAGAGAGCUUCACAUGCAAAGACUCAGGUCGCUGCAUCAGCCAGUCUCUUCGCUGUAAUGGGGAGACAGACUGUGAUGAUUUUUCUGAUGAAGAGGAGUGUGAGGAGAUCAAUCAAAGACAUGACAAGUGUUCCACCCUAAUGCCGAUCCCCGGUGCUGAACGUGGCACUCAAGGCUAUAACAUUUUGACUGGGGACUUUGUGAAUUAUGUGCUUGAUCCAAACUACUAUGGAGGAACGUGUGAAUAUGUCUACAACGGUGAAUGGAGGAAAUUCACUUAUGAUUCAUUCUGUGAGAACCUGCACUACAAUGAAGAGGACAAAAACUUUAGGAAACCAUACAACUAUCACACCUACCGCUUUGUGGCUCAAGCUACGUCAGAGGGCUCUCAUGAGUAUUUUGAGGACAUGGUGAGUCUACUGAAUGCAAGGAAAACCCUGGACUCCUCUAAUGCUGGGUUCACAUUGGGGAUCGAUCAAGUGGAAUUUGGACUGAGUGGAAGCAGGGAAUCUGAGUUUCUGAGCAACAUGACUAAAUUUAAAAGCCAGGAUCUUGGAUUUGUUCACCUUACAUCCAAAGUGCAAACUGCCCUCUUUAAAAUGAGAAGUGAUAAACUGAUGCUUCAUGAGGAUUUUUAUAUUGCCCUCAUGGAGCUCCCGGAGCAGUAUGAUUUUGGGGUGUACUCCCACUUCUUUAACACAUUUGGCACCCAUUACGUCACAGAAGGAUCUAUGGGAGGAACCCUGGAAUAUGUUGUGGUUAUCAACAAAACAUCCACGGCACAAUCAAUGCUUACAAGUGAAAUGGUUGGACGCUGUUUUGGUGGUUUCAUUGGUUUCACUCCCAGUUCGGAGGGUCAGGAAAGUGUUGGGCUCCGUUUGGGGCGACAAGACUGCAACAAAGACAGUGCUCAUUCUCAUGGCCAUGACUCUAGUUCAGCAGAGAUCAAAGACAUCAUCACUCUUGUGAAGGGGGGGAUCUCAGUCACCAGCAGUGGCUUGUUGACUAUCAGGAACACGGACACCUACAGGAAAUGGGGAGCGUCCCUCAAAUACAACCCAGCGCUCAUCGAUUAUGAGAUUAUGCCAAUUUAUGAGCUCGUUCGCCUCAGCACGGCUGCUGAACAUGUAGGGGCUAGACUGGCCAACCUGCAGAGGAGCUGGGACGAGUAUCUGCAGCAGUUCCACUCCUGUCGGUGCGCCCCCUGCAGACACAAUGGGAUCCCUAUCCUAUCAGGAACCUCCUGCAGCUGCCUCUGCAAGUCAGGCUACCAAGGAGAGGCCUGUGAGGAAACGAUGAGACGUGACAGGAGGACUGAUGGGUCGUGGUCCUGCUGGGGGCCGUGGUCAGUUUGUGCAUCAGGGAGAAAGACUCGGACUAGAACCUGCAACAACCCCUCACCUGAUGAAGGCGGGGCAGCUUGUCUUGGCUCCACCUCCCAGACUCAGCGCUGUUAA